AUGACAGCCACACAACCCCUUCUUCACGGCAUCAUGGUCGCCCUCAUCACUCCAUUCACAGAUGACAAGACCCAAAUCGAUGCAGCAAGGCUAAAAGCCCACAUCGACCAUCUGAUCGCCGCCGGUGUGCACGGCCUCGUUCCUGGCGGCAGCACCGGCGAAUUCACCACCUUGACUCGCCAAGAACGCAAGCAGCUCACCGAACUCUGCGUCGAAUAUGCUGCAGGCCGAGUCCCUGUCGUCGCAGGCACAGGAAGUACCUCGACCGAGGAAGCGGUCGAUCUGGCGCGCCAUGCAGCCCAAGCCGGUGCUGCAGCCGUCAUGGUCGUGCCGCCCUUCUACGAUCCUCUCAACGUGGAGGAAUUGACAGAGCUGAUGGCCGAGAUUCGUGAAGCCAGUCAGCUGCCGAUUGUCUAUUACAAUAUUCCCGCAGCCAGCGGGUUGACUCUCUCGCCGAAGCAGAUUGCGGGCCUCGGCAAGGUCGGCGUUCAGUAUCUCAAAGACACCUCUGGCAAUGCCCCGGCCUACACCGAAUUAGUCUUUGGAUUGUCGGAUCAAAUCACUGCCUUCAACGGAUGGGAUACCCUCACCUUUUACGGACUCGCGGCUGGCUCCCCCGGUGCGAUCUGGGGCGCUGCCAACAUCAUCCCGGAGCUGGCGGUGGAGUUGUGGAAUGCUGUCUCCGUGGAUGGAGAUCUCAAGAAGGGUCGUGAACUGUGGGCCAAGGCGUGGCCGAUUUGCAAGUUCCUCGAGUCGCACAACUAUGCCGCGGCUGUCAAGACAGGAGUUGAGCUGAGAGGACAGUCCACCGGAGGGCUUCGGAAACCAUUUUCUUUGUUGAAGGAGGAGCUCCAGGUUGAGUUAGCUGGUCUGGUUGAGAAUGCCGGCGUCACCGUGGUGAAGAGCUCAUGA